AUGAGUCAAUUGGACGAACAUUUGCAGCCUCAGCCUGAGAAGCCCGUCACCUCCAUCGAGGAUGACGGAUCUGUCACUGACGACCAAUGGAAGGCUAUGAUGGAUGUCACAAUGGCUAUUUACGAAUUUCUGUUAACCCGAAUAUGUCACAGCGGCCACGACCCAUCACGCCUGUUUCAUCGCAGUGUCAACAAGCGCAUCGUCCCAGACUAUUAUGAUAUUAUUAAGAAUCCAAUGGCGCUUAGCAUUCUGAAGCAAAGGAUCAACAAGCGCGAGUACAAGCAUUUUUCAGAAUUUGUGCGCGACUGUGCCUUGAUCCCUCACAAUGCGCAGACAUACAAUCGACCGAAGUCCCAGGCGUAUGAAGAUGCGCUUGUCAUAAAGGAUGUUUUUCGCGAGCAGAUCAAGAAGCUUGUUGAUGAUGGUAUCAUCAGCACGCACGAGUCAGACUUUCCUGACCUCGGAGAAAUUCCGGAUGCUGACCCUCUCCCUGACGACGAUGAAGAAGAGGAAGAGGAGGAGGAAGAUGACGAAGAGGACUCCGAUGACGAUGGACGCAGGAGAAAGAAGCCAGGCCCCAAACCCGGCUUUAAGCGUGGUCGAAAAGACUCGCUGAAGCAAGAACCAGAUCCUCGCAAAAAGCGCGGACGCCCACCGCGCGUGGAUACUCCGAUGGAGACUCGGAUCAAGACUAUUCUUAAAGGAAUCCGGAAGUUCAAAGGAUCAAGUGGUCUGAAGAUCUCCCAUUUUGAGCGACUCCCGGACAAAGCGUCUUAUCCAGACUACUACAUGGAGAUCAGAGAGCCCAUCGCCAUUGAUAUUAUCAAGCGCAAAUCGAAGCGCAAGAAGUACAACUCCGUCGAUCACUUCAUGCGGGACCUAGAUCUGAUGUACAACAAUGCCAAGCAAUAUAAUGAAUCCGAGAGUCAAAUCUACAAGGAUGCUGUCGAUUUGCAGAUUGAAUCUCGGAAACUGGCAGAGCAGGAGAAGAAGAAACCCGACAGCGAGUAUCUGAUGGAAGACGGUCGCUUCCCCUUGCCGGAUGGUAUUUUGCACCGGGGCGAGCUGUGGAAGGUAGGAGACUGGGUCCACAUUCAAAACCCCAACGAUGUGACCAAGCCUAUUGUUGCCCAAAUCUAUCGCACCUGGCAAGACUCGGAGGGUGAGAAAUGGAUCAAUGCUUGCUGGUAUUAUCGGCCCGAACAAACGGUACAUCACUUUGAGAAGCAUUUUUAUCCCAAUGAAGUGGUCAAGACUGGUCAGUAUCGAGACCAUCGGAUCGAUGAGAUUGUGGAUCGUUGCUUCGUGAUGUUUUUCACUCGCUAUAGUCGUGGCCGACCCCGAGACCUUGCGCCAGACAAGGAAAUCUAUGUCUGCGAGGCCCGUUACAACGAGGAGAAGCAUAAACUAAACAAAAUCAAAACUUGGGCUAGCUGCUUGCCGGAUGAGGUACGCGAAAAGGAUUAUGAGAUGGAUCUCUUCGAUGUGCCUCGGAAGAUCAAGAAGGUUCCUAGUCCCAUCAAGCACCUGCUCAAAGAAGAUGCCCAAGAGACAGAUGAUCUUCCCAGACCAACAUGGGGAACAGAUAAUGCGCCGCCUGCCGUGGGAGCCGUUCACCGUCGACCUCGCGACGAGAAUGAAUCUCCCCCACCGGAGCCAACACCAUCUCCACCCCCGCCAACUAUACCUCCGGCACCAAUGGUAGCAACUCCUCGUCAAUCUAUAACCCAACAUAUUCCAGGCAAUAUUCCGGGUUCAAUGAAUAUUGCACCAACUCAGCUUCAUACUCCUUCUGCCGCACUCCCAAUGGCCCAGUCAGCGCCUGUUCCCAUUCCCUCGGCAAUUUACCAGGCUCAGAUGAAUCAACGGAUGUUCCCAAGCGGUAUUGACCCUCGUCCGGCCAAUUUUGUGCAACAAGCCCCUACUGCGGCUUACCGACCAUAUCCAGUAGCCCAGCCAUUAUCAACAUACGAACAAUACCCCGCCAACCGCGUUCAUUCCGGAGCUACAGUUUACAAUCCUAAUGCGCCCCGUACAGUGGAAGUUUUCCAUCUCAGCGAUGCAGCAAAUGCAAGCAUUCCAGCUGACAUUCGAGAACAAUUCCACUGUGAUGACCAAGGCCGCGUGCUUUUCUUCGCUUCCCCGCCCCUGGACAUUAUUCCCGCAUCACAACCAAGAUUGUCCCACUCACUUAAGUAUCUGGCCACCCAACAGGAACGCCAAAAGAAGGUGGCUGAGAGAAAGCGCAAGAUCAAAGAAGAAGUAAAUAAGCGAGAGGAAGAGGCAAAACGUCAGCGUGUCGAUGAAGAAGCCGCUCUCGACGCCCGGAUCAAUGCCUUGAUCCCAAAAGCGGUUGAGUGCAUGGUGAAGCAAGUUGAUUCUGGUACGGAUGAACUUUACAAGACCAUGUUUCAGGACCAAGCAGAUCUUGCUCGCGUUACCGACGCAAAGGCUCGCGAGAGCAGAAUUCAGGCCGAUGACUUGGUUCGCCAGCAGCUUACACAAAUCCAGACCAACUCCAACAACGAGAGAUACGUGAAUCUCAAGGGUAACGCUAUGUACCUUGGUGAUGCCUAA